GCAAGACUUGAUAGGGAGGUGAACAUCACUAGUAGCACUCAAAGCAGUAACUUAAAAUUUCAUUGUGGGUGGAAGCAUUACUCAUUUGCUUCCAACGUGUAUAAGGAAGUAAAAUCCAAUUCAAAAAAACUCAAACUAACUGAUUGUGGGAGCCAAAUUAUAUUUGUUAAAUAUAAUGCAACAUAUGAGGAGGUAAUAGAGAAGCUUACAGAUAAAUAUUACCCCUGUGGCAGAAGCAAGAAAGGGUCUUUACAUAAAAUGACACUGAGCUUGGGAUCUUUCACUGAAACAAUAAACAGAGAAAAUUUUUCAGCGUUACAAUUCUACAACGAACGUAAAACUUCAGAAGCAAGGAUUUACCUGUUGUCUAAGGAAAAGAUACAUGACAUGCUUGCCAUAACCGAUUCCGAUUCUGAUGAAUUGGAAAGUUUAGGAUUUCCCGGAAACAUGUCCCCACCAGAGCCUGAAAUAAUACUAGGAGUUGGAAAGCCUAUGACAUCUCCAGCCAUGAAUGUUUCUUUUAGAUCAUCAACACUAGGAACACCGAACAUUGCAACUCCUCAGGCAAUUGUUUCUAGUAGAACACCUACACUAGGAACACCCACACUAGGAACACCCACACUAGGAACAUCAAUAGGAGCUUUUGGUGGAACACCAAUAGGUGCUACUGAUACAAACAAACCUAUUGUAUUUCAUGCUGAUACACCUACAGUUACAUUCUCAUAUGACAGACGCUGUCAGAUCUGUGUGGACCGGGAAAGGGAUGCCUACCUGUCACCUUGUGGUCACACAUUUUGUCUUGUCUGUGCAUUGCAAGUUGAAAAUAUGGGGCAAAACUGUCCAUCCUGUAGGGGGGAAAUUGACAAAGUGUGUUCCAUGUUUCUAUAAGUU